AUGCUAAGAAAUAUGCUGCAGGUAGUUCUAAUUUUGGCGAUCCUGCCACUAAUUACGAAGGCUGACGAUGCUGAAGAUGGUCUCCAUAAGUACCGAGCUUCUCCAAAACUCACGGGUCCUGCAAAGCUCUUACACGAUCCCGCGGAUUCCACACUGAAUACUUUGGAUGAGGCCCUGGAGAAGAUAUCCACGAUCUAUAUGCAAGCAUUGUUCGCUGGAACCCAUACUCCGGAAUUAGAAGCUCCACUAAGAACCCUAGAAAUGGAGCUGUUCGAUCUGCUGGACCAGCUCUAUAAGCAGAAUCGUCUCAAGGACUAUAUGAAGUACGAAGCGGAAGUGACGCGACAAAUGAUAAUCUACAACAUGCUCAAGAGAUUGUUUGGCUACACUCAGGAUGUUGUGGAAGUUGAGGCUGGGACUAUCUAA